UUUAUCACUAUUAAAUAACUAAUAUUAAUAAAAAUAUUAUUUUGAAAUUUUUGACAAGUUCAAAUUUCUUCUUUAAUUAGGAAUGAGUGUUUUAAAAGGAUGGAAAUAUGUAGCAUUCAUUUCGGCGUUUGUUGGUUCUAUCGGAUUAGCAACUUAUCCUAUUAUCAUUUAUCCUAUGACUCAUGUAGAAGAAUAUAAAAAAGCUCAAGAAAUAAAUCGUUCUCAGUUAGAUCAAGCCAGAGUUUUACCAUCAAGUAUGAAUGUCUGGACUGAUCCAUUUGAAAGAAAAAAUGAUUGAGUUUGAAGCCAUGAUUUUAUGUGUUUUUUUUGUUAUUUAAAUAUUAUAAUGUGAUAUAAAAUGUAUUAAUUAUAGUCUAAUUAAAACUAAAUAUAUUGUUUUUAUUAUUACUGUGAA